AUGGCCCUGUCGUCACUUCCCGGACUUCCGGACUGGGUGCUAUGCGCCACACCCAGGCCUCCUACCACUUACUCUGUGCUGAAUAGAUCAUCGAAUGGCCCGUACAGGAGGGCUCAAGUGGUACCUCUGAGGCUAGAGGACAUCCAAGAGAUCAUCAACACUUCGUCCCUCCCAAACGCGACCUCCCCCGGCCUCUCCCCUCGCAAACGAUCUCACACUUCCAUUAUGGCGAUGACUACAAUGGAGCAGCUCUCACCCCUGGCUACAGCCUUCCCAUUCCUACACAGUCCUACUUCUCCCACGACUAUCAGGGAGGAUUUCUCUGAGCAGCACGCCGCGGGUGCUUCUUGUUCUUCGGCUGUCAACAAGAACAGGUUUCGACCAGUGGACUUCCAGACACAAGUCGAGAUCGAGAGAUUCUUUGGACAGACUAGGACACAGAAGCGGCAGUUGGCGCUGCAUACCAAGGAUGAGGAUGGGAGAUGGUGGUUCGAUGGGAUUGAGCGGGAAGAAAACCGCUCGCUACUUGGCGCCCCUUCACCCUCUUUUCCCUCGUCGCGUCGAGGCUCGCAGCAAUCCUCUCUACCUAGCACACCGAAUCCAGUACACGGGUUCGACCCGUACCGGCGCCGCUCUUCGGCCUACCUCCUCGGGAGUCUGGCACCUUUGCAAGUCUGCUCGCCAGACCGAGCCGACUUCUUUCAGCCGCACGGCAUCCUCACAGACGACCCUCAAGAAUUCGGCGGCGAUUACGACAGCGGGCUGGAAGUGCCACAGAGAAGGACGAGAAUGAAGCGCAGCCACAGUGCUAGCGGUCGAGGCAACGUCAUUGGCGAUAAGUUGCCUGACCUCAGUCUCUCUGAAGCGCUGUCCACAAGAGACCUCGACGACGCUUUCCAGACGGUCUACGAGUCGUCCGGAGCCGUGGCCUCUGCCUCCUUUCUUCGCAACAAUGCGUCCAUCAAAUUUGCAGAUGACACCGCUGGCUCUCGGAGCAGGAGCAACAGCGGAGAGGCUCGCAAAGACCGGCCUCGUCCUGCUCGAUUGGAGUUGACUCCGCGACGAGGCGCUACGGGCGAUCUGGUGGAGCACUCGGCUUAUGGAGAGACGAACAACGAAGCAGUCACGGACUUUGAAGGAAGCAGCAGUAGCCGUAUUACUGCAAAGGGGACUCCGGUCGCUGCGCCAAUGUCUCCGUUGUCGUCGAAGUCCAGCUCAAGCUCGUGUGGCAUUUCCCCCAUCUCGAUGCGCAAGCGUACUCGCCCGUGGUCCGCCUAUGAGAUGAGCCCGACCAUGGUAGCCCAGGCCUUUUCGGCAAUGAGAACCAACAAUGGAAGGCUCGAUGGUCCUGCAACAGCUCGAAGCGCCUUCUCCUUUGACUCGUCCCCCAUGCGAAGUACUGGACUAGGAUCGUCAUCUCCCUUCAGCGCAACAUCUGCUAUAGACCCACCGCCGGGAAGUCGCUUCAGAUCCUCCUCGCUGGGAUCUCCCAACAGCAAAGGAGGGUGCUUCCCAUCCGUACCAUUCUCGCCCUGCCACGGACGACGCAAGGGUGCGUCCUCCUCACUGGGUCUCAAUGCCGGUACUCUGGAAGCCUCCAAGGGAGAGCAACGCCUGGGAGCCACGCCCUUGAAUCGCAAUCUCCUCGCCCCCGGUGGGUUGGCUACGGGAGAGGGCGUGUACGAUGGUCUGGUGAUCCCCUGCGCCAGUGUGCACCUGGGCAGCGACGACGAGGAUGAUCACGAACGCAAAGCGGCGUUGAUGAGGGUCGGAGCGGCGGGAGGGAGUCGUGGUGUGAUGAAGAAGUGGCUCACCCGUAAGAAAGGCACCGUAGGUGCGCUCAAAUGA